AUGUGUCUGCAGGUCUUGUUCUUGCUCGGUGUGGUGGCUGUGGCUGCUGCAGAUAAGCUGCCGACCUACUCCUACAGCGCCCCACAGGGAUCUUUGGAGGACUCAGUGGAGUAUGAUGAUGCCAAGUACGACUUCAACUGGGCUGUGAAGGACGACGACUCCGGUAACGACUUCGGCCACCAGGAGUCCCGCGACGGCGACAACACUCAGGGAUCGUACUACGUGCAGCUCCCCGACGGCCGCCUGCAGAAGGUUACCUACUACGUGGACUGCGACAACGGAUAUGUUGCCGACGUGACGUACGAGGGCGAGGCUCGCUAUGACUCGGUGGAGUCUCGCGAAUACGUCCCCCCAAGGCCCGUGUACUCCGCCCCCGAGUCCCAGGAGUCCGUUGAGACUCCCGUGUACACCCCGCCACGACCCCAGUAUGCCGCCCCCAGGCGGUCUUACGGCUUCCCUCAGUUUGUCCACCAUGUAAUGAUCCCAUGUACUAUUGGCCUUGUUGGUAGUGUAGUCACAAACAAGGAAUUGCAGGAGAUAGUCAUGAUCGAUAUAUCUGGUGCUCCUUCCUGGUGCUUCUCACUGUGGACGGCAUGUCGCUUGUUAGCUACCUGA